GACAGUGUUCGGUUGAAAACCACCCCGCAGUCACACGCGUGCCGACUGGCGACCCGACAGCGUACUGUCUCCUCCGAUGAUGCGCCGCGUAAAAGAUUAAACGAAAAUAAUACAAUCAUGGAGAAGACGUACUUCAAUGAAUCACAUUUACCAGACGAAGGGUUUUCGACCGUAGCUCCGUCAUUAAUGGCUGUCCACAUGAUACUUGUGGCGAUAAUUGGCACCACAGCAAAUUUAUGCGUGUUUCUCGCUCUAUCAGUGGGUCAUAAGGUGUCCAAAAACCUUUUGUUGCUGAAUUUAUGCGUCGCUGACAGUAUGGUGUGUAUUAUUAGCGGACCGUUGACAGUGCUGUCUUGGGAAUGGCCAAUACUAUCGUCGUACACCAUCGUAAAUGCAGUACAGUAUAUACCGGUAGCGGCCAGUACGCUGAGUCUCAUGACGCAGUCGAUCGACCGGUACGCGUCAAUCAAACACCCACGGCACAACAGGUUGCACCGAGACAAACACGUCGCAUAUCUGGUGUCUGGCGUGGCAACCGCGUGGACGGUGGCCGUGGUCAUCUCGGUGCCGCGGUACGCGUGGCCGGUCCGUCAGCUGAUCAUUGACAUGCAGUGGACGUGGUACUACGAGGCCUGCUACGUGACCGUCGUGUUCGCCGUACCGUGGGCCGCCGUCACGUUCAGCCAGCGGGCCGUCAGCAGGACGCUGUACAUCACGUCACUCAAGGCGGCCGCGGCCCGCGGUCAAUUGCCACUGCCCAUGCCCUUAAUGACGGCCGAGUCCAAGCAAGUGAUCCUGGUGGCAUCCAUACAGAAGAAUACAACUGUCCAGUCCAAGGUGGUAAAUGAUGUAGUGAUACAACAGCAACAGCCACAUUCGUCCCAUCAGCCAACUCAACAAGAACAGCAGCAGCAGAUACAAGCACAACAGCAACAGCAGCAGAAGCAACGUCCCACGCCGAGUGCRCGUAGCCGCAGACGAUUGGCCAAAGUGUUGGUAGCACUGGCUGGCGUGUUCGUUGCYUGUUGGUUACCAUACGCCGCUGCGUUACUCUACACCAACUGGUUUUUUACACCGACACAAGACGGUGACGGUGACAAAAACGAUAACGAAGACGACGGCGGCGGCAGAAGACACACAGUCCACCAGCUGGCCACCGUGGCCGCUAUGCUACUGGGCCACGCACACUCUGCCGUCAACCCAGUGGUUUACUGGUGGCUGAACCGACACACUUUACGCGCCUGUCCAUGGUGCUGGUCCUCGGACGAUCAGUUUGGCGACAAUGACGAUGACGACGAUGUAGGGUUCGGAUGCGGAGCGUUGGGUUGCGUCAUCGGCGGUGCCGUGAUGGCGUUCGGAUGCGGCCGGGGCGACGGCAGUUGUGGUGACGGCGGUGCUGUCGAUUGUGGUGGUGGCGCCGGCUGUAGGCAGUCACAAAACCAUACGCCUACUCGGCUCAACCGGUUGCUGUUUCACCGACAGCCCAAUAACCACCAGCGCAGCCGCCAACCGUCGUCUACCAACGAAGCAGCCCUGGGGCCGUUCAACCCACGGUUCGCCACCCCGAAAAAGCGGCCACAACAGUUGCCCGUCGUCAAGAACCCUGUUAUGCUGUAUUACGCGUGAAUUAUAGUUCAACCACAUAUCAGUCAACCCAUCCCCUCCCCCCGCAAUGUACAACACUAUACCACCUUUGCGACUUCUAUAGGUUCUCGAUUAUCAUCGUUAUACAACUCAAAGCGUGGCGCCACUGAAACGAUGGUUCCAAUUCUGCUACCAUUCACACCAAUGUCUGACGCUUUAUCCGUCCUGUCACGAUAAUUUUAUCAAACUUGUAGGUCCGAAACACAYCCUUACCCCAAGAACAAAAACAAAUUUGCUAAAUAUGAGGCCUGGAAUAGAAAAAAAGUGAUUGUGGAUACGAAAUGUGUCUAAAGAUAUUUUACAAAAUUGUUUGAUACAAAUCAUUUGUUUUUUAAAAUUUGAUUUGUAGUCGACAUUCCUAAGUCUKGGUGCUUGUAUGACCUCAGGCCUCAAACUUGUACCAGCYGACCUGUAAAUGCACAUGAGYCCUCUACGACAACUUACUGUUAUCAAUAUUAUCACGACGCCUUAACUCGGUAGCACUCAUACCUGAUAACUGUGUGAUAUAGUUCUUGCUCGAUGGCGAUUAUYUCGUAAAUAUAAUCAUGCGAUGCACUUUUGAAUUUGGUAGAUAAUGCUGGGUAAGCCAGAAAUCAGAAUAUAAUAUGUUUAUGAACAAAUACAAAUUUAGAUUUGAUUUUUUUAUAACAACUUGCGCAGU